UCAAUCUUGCAUUGUGUAUAGCUUUAACAUGAAUUGAUAACGCCUGGUCAGUGACAGAUGGAGCACCUUUGGUAGUCAUCCCCAUCAUAUAGUGGGAUGGCUUACCGUCGACAUCGACAUCAAAACAGGCAUACUUACGACAGCAACACUGAUAGUGACACCGACUAUUACUCCGAGACGGACGACAGGAAGAAAACCUGUAUUAAACGUACCAGCUCUCUUGGGGCCCCAAAAUCUAAACCAUGCCUUGUUAACCGUGCCAGAACUCUUAGUUUGGAGAAUACCAGUAGUAACGAGGACGGAGACAUACACCACUUGAGUACAGGUGAUGAAGAAUUUGUCAUGACAAGUCGGCCAUCUCUCCCCGCUAACAAUGUUGGUGCUAGGCAUCGUGUGUAUCAAGGUGUGGCAUGCCAUACCCAGCCUGCCAGACAGGUCAGCUAUUUCCAGUCUUACAGAAAUGACCCCUCCAACUUCUCCUUCCCACCGGAUCUUAGUGAGGCCCAGGGAGCUGGUAUGAUGAAUCCAGGAAACAAUAGCCCGCGUGUUUCAGGGGAAAGACUGACAUUAGUUGUGGAUGAGACUCGCUUUGUUGUGGACCCAGAGAUACUACGGAAACAUCCCAACACUAUGUUAGGAAGGUAAUAUAAGUUGUAUCGUCCAAAUGAGAGAGGUAAUAUAAGUGUGUACCAAACAAUACCUGCUACUGUCUUUCGUUCUAUUCUGGAGUACUACAAAACUGGCUGUAUCAGAUGUCCCCCCAGUGUUACAGUUCAGGAUCUGCGAGAAGCAUGUGAUUAUCUCCUGAUUCCAUUUGAGCCAGGAACAAUAAAAUGUCAAAAUCUGCGAGGGUUUCUACAUGAACUUUCUAAUGAAGGAGCUCGCCAGCAAUUUGAUAUAUUCCUUGAGGAGAUGAUUAUGCCCCAGAUGGUCCAUUCUGCACAGACAGGAGAUCGCGAAUGCCACAUUGUGAUUUUAGUAGAGGAUGAUGUAGUGGACUGGGAUGAGGAAUACCCACCACAGAUGGGCGAGGAAUACACCCAAAUCAUCUACAGCACAUCCAUGUACAGAUUUUUCAAAUAUAUAGAGAAUAGAGAUGUUGCAAAGCAAGUUCUGAAAGAACGAGGCUUGAAAAAGAUACGGCUCGGUAUAGAAGGGUAUCCUACCUACAAGGAGAAAGUUAGGAAGCGGCCAGGUGGAAGGCCAGAGGUGAUAUAUAACUAUGUACAGCGCCCAUUCAUCCGUAUGUCUUGGGAGAAGGAGGAAGCUAGAAGUCGACAUGUAGACUUUCAGUGUGUCAAAAGUAAAUCAAUCACUAACCUGGCUGCCGCUGCUGCAGACACGCUUCAAGACCAGGGCUUGGUACAACAACAGCACCUGCAGGAUGGGAGCAUUAACGUCAUUCCUCCACAGCCCUCCCCCUCAGAACCCUACCCCGGGGUCCAAAUCCCACCUGAGGGGGAUGCAGAAUAAAGACCCUGGGUACAAGAUACAGGUUGAUGGUCAGGGCUCGAGUGUGUUUGAGGACAAACUCUCACCCAACAUCACUUGUUCUACAGCACUGGUGCACUGCUUUCACAGAUACUUGCUCAAUCUUAUCAAAGGGACAAGAAAGAAAUGAGGAGUUGAUGCCUUUAUAGCAGGCAAACAUAUGAUGUAGUGAUUAAGUAUAUAAUCAUGCUGUCAAGUAUUGAAUAAUCAAAAUCAUAAUUACCGUAUUCCUUGCUAUAUGAUAGAAAUAUGUAUGUUAAUUUGGUAGAUUUUCAACACUUCACUAUUUGCUAUCAUGUUGAUGUAACUGAAAAUAUAGAGACACUCUGGUUUUGUAUAAUGACGUAUCAUUACACGCUUAGAAAUCUAAUCUUACUUGUGUAGCAGGGUAUCGCAAUAUGAGUUAGUCUGGCCUAAGGCAGACAUGGUUAUUACUCACUGCUGUUUAUAUAAGGGUCUGUGAUGGUAGUGACUUCAGUACUAAAGCUUUUUAUUACUGGUGAAGAUUUGUGUAACUGUAGAGAUGAGAAAUACUAUGACUGUGACUUGUAGAAAGACAUCUUCUAAAGGUACAUAAUCAGUGCUGUCCGAGUCAUGCAGUAUACUCCUACUGUGAUGUAUCCUGUAGUGUAUAUAGAGCUGGGUAUUAUGUCAAUGUUUGUGUCUGAAUCAACUAGGCACCCUACCAAACUUUACUUUUACCAGAAUGAUAGCUUUAAAUAUUGAUCAAUUUGUCAAACCUUGUAUCAAAUAAUUGAUGUUACUAAGGCAUCAUUCUAAAAUGUGAUGUUUAAAAAAGAUGUUUGUGGUAUGGACGUUCCCAGAUUUUCAGUGGUAUGUGCACUCACUGCUAAAAAUAUAACGAAACCAUUGUUGUGUUCAUUCAUGGCCUAGAUUGCUAUAACCUCAUCGUCUACACCAUGUGUUGGGUGGCAUUCUCAGAGGUCCAACAUAUGCUCUGUUUUGAUAAAUUUUUUGCUGACAGCAUUAUGAAAUAAUUUGUUUGAAAGGGAAAUGUUGACAAGAAAUAACAGACAGACAAUGGAUAGAUGAUAGACAGACAGACAAUGGAUGGAAGACAGACAAUGGAUAGAUCACAGACACACAACAGAUAGAUCACAGACACACAAUGGAUGGAUGAUGGACAGACAUUGGAUAGAUGACAGACAGACAAUGGAUAGAUCACAGACACACAGUGGAUGGAUGACAGAUAGACAAUGGAUGGAUGACAGACAAUGGUUGGAUGACAGACAGACAAUGGAUGGAUGACAGACAGAUAAUGGAUGGAUGGAUGACACAGACAAUGGAUGGAUGACAGACAGACAAUGGAUGGUUGACAGCCAGACAAUGAGUAGAUGACAAGGCAUAUAAGUUGAAGAUUUUAACUGACUUGAUACAAUAUUUAUCUGUAUUGCAGUUAACUCACUGGAUAAAAUGUUUAUUUGGCUUGUUACCUGUCUGAAGCCAGGCUUAUGUCUGUCAUCCAUCAUUUUCAUUCCUCCAUUGUCUGUCUGUAUGUCAACUUUUCCCAUUUAAUGACUUCUCACUAACCUAAAGGCCUAGGGUACUGAUAUAGACCUGUAGCAUGCUUGGAUGACGCCUUGCCAAAAAUGAAUGUUCUUGAUCCACUUUCAAUGUCACAAGGGUCAUAUGUCAUGAAGUAUUUACUUCUUUUCAAUAACGAAAAGGCCCAGUAUCAUGUUAUAGGGCCAAUAAUAUGUUGGGAUGAAGGGCUGCCAGAUUUGUUUAAAUUAAUGACCUUGACCCACUUUCAAUGUUUUUAACUUGAAACUUAUUCUUGUCAAUAACCAUUGGGUUCUGGGUCAUGGUAUUUGUGUUGUAACAUGGUUGGAAAAUUGGCUUUCAUGUUUGCAGAAAGAGAAUUAAUUGACAAUUUUUUUUCUUAAGCUGCAGAACAGGUGAGCUACACGGGUCCAUUAUGCCUCUUAUUUAUCAAUGAGGAAGGUAAACUAUUUAAUAGUUACCUGGUUUGUAUUGGGAAGGCAACUGACUGGAUACAGUAUUUAUCUGGUUUUUAUAGGAGAGGCAACUGAUGUGUGUGUGGUUUUGUAUUAGGAAAGCAACUGACUGGAUACAGUAUUUAUCUGGUUUGUAUAGGGGAGGCAACUGAUGUGUGUGGGGUUUGUAUUGGGAAGGCAACUGACUGGAUACAAUAUUUAUCUGGUUUGUACAGGGGAGACAACUGAUGUGUGUUGGGUUUAGUAUUGGGAAGGCAACUGACUGGAUACAAUAUUUAUCUGGUUUGUAUAGGAGAUGCAACUGAUGUGUGUGGGGUUUGUAUUGGGAAGGCAACUGACUGGAUACAGUAUUUAUCUGGUUUGUUCAGGGGAGACAACUGAAGUGUGUGGGGUUUUGUAUUGGGAAGGCAACUGACUGGAUACAGUAUUUAUCUGGUUUGUAUAGGGGAGGCAACUGAUGUGUGUGGGGUUUUGUAUUGGGAAGGCAACUGACUGGAUACAAUAUUUAUCUGGUUUGUUCAGGGGAGACAACUGAAGUGUGUGGGGUUUAGUAUUGGGAAGGCAACUGACUGGAUACAGUAUUUAUCUGGUUUGUAUAGGGGAGACAACUGAUGUGUGUGGAGUUUUGUAUUAGGAAGGCAACUGACUGGAUACAGUAUUUAUCUGGUUUGUAUAGGGGAGACAACUGAUGUGUGUGGAGUUUUGUAUUAGGAAGGCAACUGACUGGAUACAGUAUUUAUCUGGUUUGUAUAGGGGAGACAACUGAUGUGUGUGGAGUUUUGUAUUAGGAAGGCAACUGACUGGAUACAGUAUUUAUCUGGUUUGUAUAGGGGAGACAACUGAUGUGUGUGGAGUUUUGUAUUGGGAAGGCAAUGGACCAGAUACAAUGGUUACUUGGUUUGUAUUGAAUAUUGUAAACUACGUUUCCAAUGAUAACUAGGACUGUUAUGUAUAUAUUGGUUAGAAGCAUUUAUCAAAAAAGAUUUAAAACUGAAAAUGGCUGUGAGUUUUAUAUAUCAUUUCUAUAGCAUCUCUUGAAACCCAAGGGAAUGUCCAAAGUGAUUUCAAUUAAAACAUACUGUUUAUUACACAUUUUGAUUUUAAUUCCAUCAAUAUUGUAAAGAUAAGAUAUUUUAAUGCAUUAAAAAUAUUAAACUUCUUUCUUGACUUUUGCUGUGGUAAAUGUUACAUAUGUAUUCAUUUGCCUUCUUUUUCAAUCAAUAACCAUACAUGUUUAUAUUUCAUAAUUUUUCGUAUUUCAAUAUUGUUUGAAACAUAUUUAUAUAGUUUUUUUGAAGUACCGUAUAUGUAAGUUUUGAGAAAUCCAUUACAAUGUCAUAUACUUUAUAGUAUCAGUUUGUCUACUUUUCUAAAAAAAACUGUCUUAGGCCAAUGAAAAUCUACAGUUGAAAUUUGCAAAAUUAAGUCAGUUUGACCUAAAUUGCAAAAACAACAGUGGCCAGAAUGCAACAAAAAUAAGAGGAACAAGAGAUGCUGAACUAGAAUUUUGGUCACCUCCUUUAAUUAAAAAACAAAAUUUAGUAUAGGACAAUGAAAAUUGGCCUGUGCGAUGAACCAUGAAUGAUGAACUUUUAUUUUCAUAAAACAGGUCAGUGUUACAUACUAAUUAAACAAAAUUGUCAUAUAACCAUGAAAAUUGAGGUUUUGGAUGACCAAUAGAUGCUGAUUAUAAAUUUUACAAAAAAUAAAUCCCUAUGACCUUUCUCAAAAUGACCCAAUGAUGUGAAAUAUGAAUGUAGAAAGGAAUGUGUAUCAUUGAUUGAAUAUUUAUUAACUGAUCCAUAAUGCCACAAGGACCUGGUAACACAGCAAAUCACAUUUACUAUCUCAAACUGGUAGAUAUUGAAAUGCCCUUGAAUUUAGGUUGAUCAGAUCUGUAUGCAUCUUGUUGAAAGGUCUGAAGUGUGUAGUUUGAUGCUUAUUGCUGGUGGCAGUUUGUGUUUGUCAGAGAGCUGAGAAGCAGACCAGUCUGUUCUGACAGGGUAUGACAGGGUAUGUAGUCAAGAUCUGACAAGGUAUGUUGUCCAGAUCUGUCAGGGUGUGUUGUCCAGAUCUAGGGUGUGUUGACCACAUCACACACGGUAUGUUGUCCAGAUCAGACAGGGUAUGUUGUCCAGAUCUGUCAUGGUGUGUUGACCACAUCACACAUGGUAUGUUGUCCAGAUCUGACAGGGUAUGUUGUCCAGAUCUAGGGUGUGUUGACCACAUCACACAUGGUAUGUUGUCCAGAUCUGUCAAGGUGUGUUGUCCAGAUCUGUUAGGGUGUGUUGACCACAUCACACACAGUAUGUUGUCCAGAUCUGACAGGGUUUUUUCUCCAGAUUUUACAGGGUGUGUUUUCUAGUGAGUCAGCCACUAGCUAUUAUAUUAUCCUACCUCUAUAUGGCCGUGGCUGUUCAUGUGGUGAGCAACGCAACAAAUUUGGGUACGAAAUUAACGUAACUCUAAAUGCAAGCUUUUUUCUUCUCAGUGCCAUCAACAUUGACAAUUGUGGUAAAGGAAUGUGGCAGUUUGAACUUCACUUUUAUCAUAUUUGUCAAUAAACAAGUAUAAAGUGCUUUACUUGGGGUCAGAAUAACGUUGUAACACAGUAGCUUGGUGAUAGCUACACUCUGUGAUGACCUGAUUUAGCAGUGUGAUGUACUGUUUAUAACACAUAUCCAUUGUUUUAUGAUGAGAAGACAACACUUUUUUGUAUUGCCUAAUUGUUUGUCUGCUAGAAAACAGAUUAUAUGAGAAUUUGCAAUUGUUAAGCAGGAUAUUAUCUGUUAAAUGAAAUAUAUUUGUCAGUUUAUUUGUCAUCAAUAUUUUGUAUUUUGAAGAUACCUAGUAUCAUGUAUGGUCCAGCUCUGUCUGUUGUGACGUUAUGUAGAAACCACCAGGCUUUAAGUCAUUGUAACAGUUUCUUUCAGUGACUAGGACGGCUUGCAGGUUGUGUCAUAUGUUUGUAAAAGAAGGAAAUUUCUGACUGUUGAUUAAUCAGUACUAUGUGUAUAUUAUGAAAUGAAUCAAUUAUCUUUUACAUUUCCUACACAGUAUAAUUGAUGUACAAAUAGAUUGAUAGAUAAUGUUUAUUUGCUACAUAGUCCAGAAUUAAACUCUGAGAAAGACCCCCUGAUUAAAUACAUUUCUUCUGGGUUUGAUUUUGAAUGACAUUUUGAUUUUUUUAACCUUCAUCAAAGAAAACGUUUUGUCUUGGCUCUCCUACUCAUUUUGUCACAGAAACUUCCAACCUUGGGUAUGGGUUCACCUGCAUUGCAUUCCUAGAAUAUUAUUUUGCAUAUAGUUUGGGACUGAAAUGCACUUAAUUGUCUUGUUUGAAAAGACAUGUAUUGAACAAUGUAAAGAUAUAACAUAGUAUGUAUCUGUGAUUUCAUUAUAUAACAUAAUUUUAGCGCAGACUUCUCCUUGAGAGUAUAUUAGGGACUGUUAUCUCAAAAGAAAAUUUAUUCUUCGUUACACUCUCUGUUCUCUAUGAUGCUAUUUAGAGUAUCACGAUAUUACCCAGCUUGAUGCAUUUGAACCAAAAAAUGUUGUUUAUGUAAUUAUUUAGAAAUCAGUAUUAAUCACGUUUAGUGUAGACCACUUUAAUUGAUAAUAUUCAUAUCAGUACUACCAAAUCUUUCUUCCUUUAAGUGGUAUUUUAGAGUUGAAAUACAACAGCCCCUUCACAAUCUGAUCAUUGGAAGUACAUACAUGACCUUUUCAACCUGUGUCACUGUCCCACUCAAAUCCAAAAUUGAAUUGUUAUUAUCCUAAAUUUUCUAUGAACUACUAUGUUUUGAAGUCUAUUAGUAUACAUUGCUAGCAACUCAUCCCUCUUAUAUAAAUCUGUAAUUGUAGGUUUAAGAUUGAUGAAUAUUGACUUUAGAAUAUGAAAUUAUUCAACAACAUUUUGAAGUUGCUGUUGCCAGUUAGUUUGGCAGUCAUUGAUUACACUUGUUAGUCUGUGAUAUUGUGUACCAUAUUUUCCACGUUAUAAGUUGCAUGCCCAACUUAAAGAAGUCGCAGCUUAGAAUCUGAAAAAUAAGGUUAAUUACUGAUACUCAUCAUUUACUUAAUAUCUCUGGAGAGUUUUCACAUUUUGAUUUUGGAAACUAAAUACAUCAUGUUCUUUUGAAAAAGAAUAAUCACAUGUCUUUACCAAGCGUUAUGAAAAAACCAAGAUAUAUUCCAUGUUUGUAAUUAUGGAAUUUGAUUGUCAUUGAAAAAUAAAUUUGUACGGAUUGGGAAAUUACAAUACCUGUGGAAACUAGCAGGAUGAAGCCUAUAGUGUGUCAUUAAUUAUCUUGUACAUUUUGAAUGUUAAUUGUUUCCUUUCAAAGAGAGAAUGAAAUACUAUGAUAAUGGAUAAGUCUUAGACAUUGGAUCGUCAAUAUGACUGUCGCACAACCUGGCUGCCUUGUGUUCAGUUGUGUUAAUUUAGGAUGCUGUGUAUCAGCACAUUUCUAUCACAUCGCUUGGUCUAAGAUUUUAUACUUUGUUGCAUUAUGUUGUAAGGAUUAUAUUGUAAGGGUUUUUAAGUCCUUUUCUGAUGAAAACAUCAAUAAAUAUCAUUUUGAUAAAAGCAA